AGUAGUACUACUAGUAGUAGUAGUUUGCGGUGUCCAGAAUGAAUCUUUUAAAAUCGUUCGUCAUCGAGCGACUAAGUGCAGCAGCUGAGGAGAUAUUAGGAGCUUUCGAGAGGACAAUAGAAGAGCGCGAGAAAGAGAUUGAUCGACAGAGGAGACUGCUGGACAUCAUCCUGAAGCCCAGUGUUACCUUACACAGAACAGACUUUGUACAGUUAUCUGAUCAGCAGCAUUGUAAGCAGGAGAGAAACCCCAUUCUGGCCAAGGAGGAACAACGGGAAUUCUGGUUCAGUCCACAGGAAGACCAACUUCCAUUGCAGGAGGUAGCUGAUACCUCUGAGUCCAUAUUUAUCCCUCUUUGUGAUGGAAAUAAUGUUGAUCAAGAUCAGCCUCUGCCCCCGCAACUCUACCAAACCCAGACAGAGGGAGACACAGAGCCCCCAGCUGUCACCUCAUUUGAACUGAAACAACUAGAAGCCAAAGAAGACAACUUUUUAAUAUCAGAACCAACAAGUGACCACCAAACCCUCUCUAACUGCUGUCAUGUAACUAAGAGUGAAGCUGACCAUACUUGCAGUCACCGAAACUGUGAGGCGGUGGGUUCAACUCGGAGAACAAGGAUGAAAUCUUACAAAAAACCCUACAACAAGUGCAAAAUUUGUGGGAAAGUUCUUUAUAAUUUGGAAAUUUUUAAAAUUCACAUGACAUUUCACACAGGGGAAAAGCCUUUCAAAUGCACCACUUGUGGGAGAGAUUUUACCUGGAAGUAUGACAUGGAGAGGCAUACAAGGACUCAUGCAGGGGAGAAACCAUUCAGAUGCACCAUGUGUGGGACAAUGUUUACCCACAAGUCACUUUUACAAAGGCAUGUAAGGACUCAUACAGGGGAGAAACCAUUCGGAUGCGCCACAUGUGGGAAAAUGUUUACCCAGAAGUCACAUUUACAAAGGCAUGCAAGGACUCAUGCAGGGGAGAAACAAUUCACAUGCGCCACAUGUGGGAAAACGUUUACCCGGAAGUCACAUUUACAAGGGCAUGUAAGGACUCAUACAGAGGAGAAGCCAUUCAGAUGUGUCACAUGUGGGAAAAUGUAUACCCACAAGUCAAAUUUGAAUAAACACAUGAGGACUCAUACAGGGGAGAAGCAAUUCACAUGCGCCACUUGUGGGAAAAUGUUUACCCAGAAAUCAGAUUUACAAACACACAUAAGGACUCAUACAGGGGAGAAGCCAUUCAGAUGUGUCACAUGUGGGAAAAUGUUUACCAGCAAGUCAUAUUUACAAAUACACAUGAGGAUUCAUACAGGGGAGAAGCUACUAGAUUGCGCCACUUGUGGGAAAAUGUUUACCCAGAAAUCAGAUUUACAAACACACAUAAGGACUCAUACAGGGGAGAAGCCAUUCAGAUGUGUCACAUGUGGGAAAAUGUUUACCCUGAAGUCAAGUUUACAAAUGCACGUAAGGACUCAUACAGGGGAGAAGCCAUUCACAUGCACCACUUGUGGGAAAAUGUUUACCCUGAAGUCAGAAUUAAAAACACACAUAAGGAUUCAUACAGGGGAGAAGCCAUUCGGAUGCACCACGUGUGGGAAAUUGUUUUCCGACAAGUCAAAUUUACGAGCACACACGAGGAGGACUCAUACAACUGAGAAGCCAUUCGGAUGCGCCACAUGUGGGAAAAUGUAUCCCCGCAAGUGUGAUUUACAAACACACUUGAGGAGUCAUACAGGGGAGAAGCCAUUCGGGUGCACCACGUGUGGGAAAUUGUUUUCCCAGAAGUCAGAUUUGAAAAAACACAUGAGGAUUCAUACAGGGGAGAAGCCAUUCACAUGCGCGACUUGUUGGAAAAUGUUUACCCGGAAGGCACAUUUACAAAGGCACAUAAAGACUCAUACAGUGGAGAAGCCAUUCAGAUGCACCACGUGUGGGAAAAUCUUUAUCCGGAAGGCAUGUUUACAAAAGCACUUAAGGACUCAUCCAGUGGAGAGCCAUUCAGGAGCUGUGAUUGUGGAAAUGGGUUCAGCUCAAGAUGGCAUCUCAAACAACAUGUCAUGAUCCAUACUGGUGAGAGGCCUCACAGGUCACUGCAAAAAAGUAAACUGACUAUUCAUCUUAAUCAUUUCAUAUUGCAACAUAUGUCAGAGGAUUCAA